UAGUGUUUAAAUUCUCUUUGCUAGUUUGUUUAUAGAAACAAGCCGCUCUAAUUGCGCGGACGUUUCAAUGGAUACAUUGUAACUUGUACAUAAAAUCUUUUCCGUGUUUUGUAAAAUACUUACCGGCUUACAUAAUGUUUAUUAAUUGUGAUACUAAUUACUGUCAUGAGUUUGUCUACAAAUCUAGCAGCUAAGUUUAAUAGGACCGAUAUGUAGACAUAGAAAUUCAAAUUAUACGAAUAAUUUGAUAAUAGGUAAUAUAAAAAACUAAGUAUGGAAAACAUUUGUAGAGGUUGCUUAAUUCAAUCUAAUAAUACAAACUUACAAAAGUAUUCAGAAAGAAAUAGAAGGUUAUUUUUUUAUUCUACAGGUAUCCAAGUAAAGAAAAAUGAUUUACUCACAUUCCAAUUAUGUGGAGAAUGUUACUCAAAUAUGAAAUUGGCAUGUCAAUUUAAGAAAACAUGUAAGAACUCCGAGAGAAAAUUUAAAAGCUAUUUGAGUGGAAAAGAGCUUGGGGAUGUUCUUGAAGAUUUUCAUUCAUAUCUUGAAAAUUGCGACAGUUCUGCAAAAGCAAGGUUGCCUCAUUCAAAUGUGCCAUAUAAAGCGAAGGAAGACGGAAAUGUAUCAACAAACACAAGUAUUCGAAAUUUCAUGAAGGACAUACUACAACUUGAGAUUCCUGACAAUGAGUCUUGCAUUAUUGAUGAAGUCAUAAAAGAACAUGCAGACAUAUCUGACGAUUCACUGGACUCGAAUUGGCUUCACUCGAGUGAUUCUGAUAUACGGUUAGAUUGUCUCAGUCCUUUCUCCAUAACACGGUCAAUACUGAAUGAUCAUUGCUAUUCAAUACAACCAAGUAAUUUUGAAGAAAAUGAGAAUAUUCAAUGUGAAGGCCAAAUAGAAUCUACCAAACAGGACAUAAAUGAAAUAUUUUAUCAAAAUAAUGCUCAAACGAUAAAUCAAGAAACAUCUUUACGUAGAACUACAUGUACAAUUGAUAAGAAUUUAGAAAGGGCGUUGCUGGAAAACAAUUUGCAGAAUAUUUCAUUGGAUGCUUUACUAGCGACACCUCCAAUGAUGCCAAACGCUUGGGCACCUUCUACACCGACAAUACAAAAUAUUUUAUUUGGUGAAAAUCUUGAUACUGAUGUACACGUUAUGUCAGAGAAUAAUGAACAAUUUAAUAUACAAGAUACUGCUAAAGCGAUGUUGACAGAUUUUGAAGAAAAAUCUAAUGAAAACCAAAAUAUAUACAAAGCAAAUGAUCAAGAAGUUGUACUUACUAAUGGUGAAGAUAUUAGCGAGCUUAUUGAACAAUCAAAUAAAUUUGAUGACAAAAUUGAUGUAAAUUAUACACAUGUCAUUAAAAAAACUGAAAUAUCCAAUGUUAACGGCAAAAAUAAGAAAAUAUAUUCUCUUAAGAAUAGGCGCUGUAUUGAAUGUCAGAGGGUUUUCAAGUCGAUUGGAGCGCUGAAGUGUCAUUUAGCAAGAAUACAUAAAUUAAAAAUUGGCAAGGGAAAAAUGAAAGUGAAAGAAAAAUGGAAACCAAGAAUGAUGAUUUGCGAUUAUUGCGGCAAGACAUUUAUGAAUCCGAAAUCUAUGGUCAACCAUAUUGAAAACCAUGUUAAUCCUGUAGAACAUAAAUGUACGAAGUGUCCGUUGACAUUUAGUUCAGAAGCAAGGCUUAAAAUGCAUCAAUCAACACACACUGGUUUCUUCAUCAAGAAGCCUCCUUUAAAGAAGUACGUGUGUGAGGAGUGUGGUGCCACACUGUCCACAUCAUCCAACUAUAAGGUGCACAUGAUGCGACACACCAAGAAAUAUACACACAAGUGCCAAGAAUGUGACGCCGGCUUCUUCAGAGGGAUCGAUCUUGUCGUACACUUGAGGAAACACACGGGCGAGCAACCGUACUCCUGUGUGUACUGCCAGAGGAAGUUCUCAAGACACGACUCACUUAAUAAACAUCUGAAGACACAUACCGGAGAAAAACCAUACACAUGCAAUUUUUGUCGAAGAAAGUUCAGUGACCCCUUCGUAAUGAAGGUUCAUCAAACAAAUGCACCAAAAUGUUUGGAAAUACAACACAAACUUGCAUUCCCUGGCGAUAUGGAGAAUUUGUGCAUUGAUUAAAUAAAAACUGUGAUAUU